AUGGACAAGAGCAGAGUGCCACGGCUGGGUGAGCGUAACGUUGGCUUUCCAUUGGCAUUGACUGUCCUUUCCUUCCCAUUCUCCAUUUACAGAGUUAUUCGUCGUGCGGCCGAUUUCAUUAUUGCUUCGAGCAAUGCACCGACGAGUCACGAAGGCCAAGCUGGACUCAAGGCAUCCCAUCUGGACAACUUGAGUGCUGGUCCACAGCCACGCCACAAGAACAGACAGAGGCUUGCCGCCGCAUGGAAUGCUUUCCUCGACAUCGCUGGCUUGAAAGCUGAGGUGUGGAAUACUGUCCGCGACGUGCUCAAGGAUGCCAACCUCUAUCCGCAAGACAUCGAGGAGGAGAUGCAUCUCUUGAGCGCUGCAAACGCCAAGCGGUAUGGGAUAAGCCAGCAUACCAACUUCCUUGACGGAAGUGCAAUCUCAGUGGGCUCAGUCGAGCGGAUCAAGUCCAAGACUCGCCCUGGUGAUAUGAGUGACGAGGAACUCCGUGGAGACGGCGCUACCAUUUCUUCAGUGGCGCAGCCAGAACCAGUGAUAUCGCCACGGAUCCCACUUCGCCGCGAGUCGCUGCUCACCCUUUCCAAAAUGCUUCCAUCAAACUCAAGUCGAUCAAGUGACAGCAAUUCGUCUCAGCCAUGGCAGACGCAGGUUUCUCAGCUACGCAAGCACUAUGGAGGCGCUGCCGUCGCCUUCUCUCCAGUAACGACAUCUGGGUCAGCUGGAUCGAUCAUCUUCCACAAGCCGCAUCCAGAUCCCGAGCUCGACCCAGUCAUGCUUCAUGCGAUUGGAAAGCGUAUGCAUAAGUGGCUUGGCUGGAACUCGCGAAUGUGGUGGUUUUGGUUUGGUGUUGAUCUGCCCUUUGACACUCUGACCAAAUGUUGGAUUUGUGACCAGGACUGGAGAACUCUCACGCAGGUUCUUGUGAAACACCAUAAGCAAGAAGAUCCAUUAGAUAACAGUACAGAAGGCCACGCCAGGAAAGGCGACCGAAGGAUCAAAAAGAGCAACGUGUAA